AUGUACAAGGCAGUGUUAGUUCUUUGUCUGGUAGGCGCAGCCUUCGCCCAGUAUGGACACCAUGAGCAUCAGGAACAUCAUGAAAAGAAACACGAAGAGCACAUCGUAGACUAUUAUGCCCACCCAAAAUACAAAUUCGACUACGGAGUACACGACUCCCACACCCACGACGUGAAGAAGCAAGAGGAGUCUAGAGAUGGUGACGUGGUCAAGGGCUUCUACACCCUCCACGAACCCGAUGGUACCGAGAGGAUCGUCCACUACACCGCAGACAAGAAGAACGGUUUCAACGCCGUCGUAGAGAGGAAAGGACACGCUGUACAUCCUCAUGCAGUGAUAGUUCUGUGCUUGGUGGGGGCAGCCUUUGCCCAGUAUGGACACCAUGAGCACCACGACCAUCACGAAAAGAAGCAUGAAGAGCACAUCGUAGAUUACUACGCUCACCCAAAAUACAAGUUCGACUACGGAGUACACGACUCCCACACCCACGACGUGAAGAAGCAGGAAGAGACCAGGGAAGGAGACGUGGUCAAGGGCUACUACUCCCUCCACGAACCCGAUGGUACCGAGAGGAUCGUCCACUACACCGCAGACAAGAAGAACGGUUUCAACGCCGUCGUAGAGAGGAAAGGACACGCUGUCCAUCCCCAUGUAAAAGGAUCUACUGAGACCUUCUUCAAACAUCACCACGAACACCACGACCAUCACUACUAA